AUGAAUCUGCAGAAACUUAGACAGACGAGAGAUGCACAGAAAGCUGUUAUUGCACACUAUAUGCAGAAACUCGAGACCGCCGGAGAAAAUACAGAAAAUGCAAUCGAUUUUGAAACAAUACUUCAGGCGAUAGAGGGAAAGUAUAAAAUGUUAGAAGCGAUAAAUGAAAAGAUUUUAACACAAACAGACGGGGAAGAUAUUGAGAGCGAGAUGCUAGAAACUGAAGACUACAUGCUUAAUCUUCAAAUUAAGAUACGGAACUUUCAGGCGCUCAUGAAACAGAGUACCACGCCGCCACCGCCGACGCCGGAAAUUCACCGUAUUGAUGAUCUCAACAGAAAUGAGAGUAGCCGGAGCACAAGUACAGGUACAGAAAUUCAGUUUCAUAACCUACCCAAGUUAAAUUUCCCUACAUUCAAUGGUAACAUAUUAGAGUGGCAGACGUUUUGGGAUUCCUUUGAGUCUAGCGUGCAUCUCAACUCGUCACUUUCUCAAGUUCAGAAAUUUAGCUACUUAAGAUCACUACUCCAUGAGGGUGCUGCACAAGUAAUUGAGGGAUUUCCACUUACGCAUGGCAACUAUCUUAAGGCUGUAGACCUGCUACGAGAACGCCUCGGACAAACUCACAUGAUAGUAGAUGCUUAUAUGCAAGCUUUGAUGGAUUUACCCCGACCGACUAACAAUUUAUCUAGUAUGAGAACAUUUACUGACAAACUAGAAUCGUACAUCAGAGGUCUAGAAUCACUCGGUCAAUGCCAGGAGUCUUAUGGCAGUCUACUAGUUCCAGUCAUCAAAGAAAAGCUUCCGGCGGAAGUUAGACGCAACAUUACCCGCGACCAUGGUGAUAGCCACUGGCAGCUACCGACCUUAAGAGCAGCACUGAAGAAAGAGAUCACCAUCAUUGAAGCUGGCCAGCCUAUUAACACUAAAGAAUUUUAUGAUUCGACUGCUAUGUUCCAUACAGGUACCAAGUCCAAGCCAGGCGGUAUCCAGAGAAACCAGAAACAACAUGAUCGAAACAAUUCACGCACAUCCUGUCCAUUUUGUGGUGAGCAUCACAGUGCCACUUUCUGUACCAAAGUAAGUUCUUUUGAUGAAAGAAUAGACAUUGUUAAAAGAAAACACUUAUGCUUUAAUUGCUUAGGAUAUCACCAGGUGUCCUCCUGUCGUUCAAAUUUCCGUUGUCGCCAUUGCCGAAGGAAGCAUCAUUCAAGCAUAUGUAAUAAGAGUCCGAGUGAAAAUUGCAACCUUGAUCCUACAAUAUCCCCCUUCAAACCUUCUACUUCCGGUCAGUCUAUUACCAGUUCAACAGAACAGUCAGCUGCGUUUCAUUUAACCACUCAUAACAAAACUAAUGUCCUUCUGAAGACCGCCAUUACGAAAGUUAGUUCUAGGAGACGCAUCGCCGAUGCAAAUAUCUUGUUUGACGAGGGUGCACAGAGGUCAUUCAUUACGGAGGAACUUGCAGACAGACUCGAGCUUCAGCGUACCGGAAGUGAAGUAAUACAUAUAGCUGCCUUUGGUUCCUCCACACAGAAGUUCAAGCAUAUUGAAACAGCGACAGUGUACCUGCUCACAGAAUGCAAUGACAAGAUUCCAAUCAACGUCCUAGUGGUUCCUACAAUAGCUGUCCCAUUACAGAAUCUGCAGCGCUCUGUGUCCUCACUUCCAUAUUUACGAGAUUUGAAGUUGGCUUACCCGGUAACAGAUGAUGUUACAUUUGAUAUUCCGCUUUUGAUUGGAGCCGACAAGUACUGGGACAUCGUAGAAAACGAAGUUGUCAGAGGUUGCGGACCGACAGCUGUGAAAUCUAAGAUAGGAUACCUCCUGUCCGGUCCACUUCCGGUCACCAGUAGUGAGUCAUCAACACAGUACAUCAUGAAUGUCAUCACCGCUCCGCCAGAUCUUUACAACCUAGAGAGGUUCUGGAAGCUUGAAUCUUUGGGUGUAAGUGUACAGGAAGAAACAGAUGCUACUUCAGAUAGACUUAAAACUUACCAGAAGAACAACAUUGAUUUCAAAGAUGGACGGACGAUACAUAGCUAA